CCCUGCAUGUACUGUACGUCCACCGCGAUGGAAGCCUUGACAUUUUCUGCCUAUAACUUCAGCGGCUAUCCGGGUUAUUUUCCGUUUUACCAUGGGAACGCUAAAUUCAAGCCCCAGAACUGGAACAAAAAGGGCGGUUUUGGGGUCAUGCCCGAGCUCCCUGAGUAUUUUGAAAUCUACAAGCGCGCUCAGCUAAAAGCUAUCUUGUCUCAGGUGAACCCGAAUCUGACUCCACGCCUGCGCAAAGCCAACACCAAAGAGUUCGGGGUUCAGGUGAAUCCGAAGGUGAACGCCACGGUGCAGUGCUCUCUCGGACCCAAGACGCUGUUUUAUCGCGAAGACAAGUGGGACUCCCCGAAGACGAGCAGUCCGCAGAGACCGAGCCUCCCCAGCACUCCCGUGAACAAUGUGCGCUUCUCCCGGCCCGUUGCCAUUUACUCGCCCGUGUUUGACCGCAGGUUUUUCUCCAUGCCAGCCCGCGCUGAUGACCUGGACAGGGAUGCGACGCAGGGCGGCUCUGAGGAGGAAGACCGCGCAGAGGAAACGGAGGCGCGCGACACCGAGGGCGGAAAUGCGCGCGCAAAGGAGCGCCAGUGCCCUGCCUUCCAGAGUCGCGCGCCCACAAAGUUUAACUUCCAGUUUCUGGAGCAGAAGUAUGGGUAUUACCACUGCAGUAAGUGCAACAUCCGCUGGGAGAGCGCGUACGUCUGGUGCAUCUCUGGAACUUGCAAGGUUUACUUCAAGCAGCACUGCAGGAAAUGCCAGACUGGACUGAACCCAUAUAGAGUGGAGUCAAUUCAGUGUCAGGUAUGUGCACGGACACGAUGCUGCUGUGAGCGGAAGCAGAGGCACAUUGACAUUCGGCGUCCUCAUCGCCAGAACCUGUGUGGCCGCUGCAAGGGCAAAAGGCUGUCCUGUGACACCACCUACAGCUUCAAAUAUAUAGUCUGAUUGUCUCUAUGAUCUUUUUAUAAUGUUGAUGAAUUAACUUUUUUUUUUUUUUUUGUAUUGUGUAUAUGUAUUAAACUCAAUAAAAAGGUACUGCAGCAUUA